GAAGAGUGUCUUAGUUUAGUUGCUAGGCCCUUUGUGCUAACAUACAGCACCCUAUUUACUUUUUUAACUUAUUCACAUUUUGUGUGUUCUCUGCCACACCCUUGUUAAGAAUCUAUGAGAGAGAGAUCAAACAGCAUGCUUAUGUGUGAAACUGAAGCACUUGCAAACAAAUGAAGAUGCCCGAUAGCUGGACUGACAGGGUCUUUGGUUAAAUUGUAUGCAACUAACUGUACCGCAGACAAAAAUGCGAGAAAGAGUGGAAUAUUACAAGAACCAGAAUUAUUCGAAGUUGAAGAAAUCUUGCAUAAAACAGCAAGUCCUGUUUGAAGAUCCUCUUUUCCCAGCAUCAUUGGCCUCUCUUUACUACCGGAGAACUCCCCCAGGCACUAUAGAGUGGAAGCGACCAAAGGAAAUUUGCCAAAACCCCCGCUUGUUUGUAGAUGGGAUCAGCUCUCGGGACUUGAACCAGGGUAGUCUGGGCAAUUGUUGGUUUGUCGCUGCUGCAUCAUGUUUAGCCACCAAGCUAUCAAUGUGGAAAAAGGUUAUACCAAAUCAUUCUGAGCAAGACUGGAACCACAAAGACCCAGGAAGACAUGCAGGAAUUUUCCAUUUCCGUUUUUGGAGGUUUGGCUCAUGGCUUGACAUAUGUAUUGAUGAUCGACUGCCUACAAUCAAUGGUCACCUAAUUUUCUGCCAUUCAAACGAUAUCAAUGAGUUUUGGUGUGCAUUACUUGAAAAGGCAUAUGCAAAACUGAAUGGUUGUUAUGAAGCACUGGAAGGUGGCAACACAGCCGAAGCCUUAGUGGAUUUCACUGGUGGCAUCUCAGAACCAGUGGUUAUGGAUAAGGAAAAUUUCACUGAAGAACUUGAAAAGCGAAAGAAACUUUUUCAGCGCUUGUUGAAGGCCCACUCAAGGCAAGCCCUUAUCAGUUGCUCCAUCAGGCCUGGUACAGGAGAAGAAAUAGAAGCCCAAAUGGCAUGUGGAUUAGUUAAGGGACAUGCUUAUGGGGUUACAGACAUCCGCAAGGUGAGGAUUGGAAAAGGCGUCAUUUCCUGGAUCAAAGCCAAUAAACUCUAUAUGAUCAGGAUGCGGAACCCUUGGGGAACAUCAGAGUGGAAGGGGCCAUGGAGCUGUGGAUCCAAUGAAUGGAAGCAAAUAAGUAAGAAGAUGCGGGAGAAAAUGGGAGUCACAGUGACAGAUGAUGGUGAAUUCUGGAUGGACUUCAAAGAUUUCUGCUACUAUUUUACUGAUAUGGUUAUAAGCCGACAAAUCAACACAUCCUUCCUAAGUUUUCACAAGACCUGGGUGGAAGCCCGCAUACUCAGUGAGUGGAAUGUUAGUGCUAGUCGUCUGCAGAACCGGAGUGGAGGCUGCAUCAAUAAUCGAAGCACGUUCUUCCAAAAUCCACAGUUCCGAUUUGAUGUAGUUGGCGAAGAAAGUGCACUUGUUUGCUUGCAGCAAGAAGACCAAAGGGUGCAUAAGAAGGAAGGCGGAGGUGAAAAUUUAGCCAUGGGAUUUGAGAUUUUUAAGGUGGAGGUGAACCGAAAAUAUCGCAUGCAUGCAGUACAGCAAAAGAUUUCAAGUUCUGCUUACAUUGACUCACGCAGCAUCUUCCUUCGAUCCGAACUCACAGAAGGCCGGUAUGUAAUUGUCCCCACGACUUUCUCACCAGGAGAGACAGGAAAAUUCUUAGUUCGUCUGUUUACAGAUAGAAAGGCUAACCUAAGGGAGUUAACACUAGAUCAGCCAAAGUCAUCCUUCUGGAAAUGCCUUGUAGGGUACCCUAAGCGUGUGACCUCUGUCACUGUUCACAGUGGUGCAGGACUAAGGAUUACUGGCCAAAACAAAGAACCAGAUACUUACGUCAUCAUCAGAUGUGAAGGAACCAAAAUUAAAUCCCGGGUACAAAAAUCUAACUCCAAACCAGACUACAACCUGAAGGCACUUUUCUACAGGAAAAAACCAAAGAGGCCUAUUAAAAUACAGGUCUGGUCAUGUGCAUUCCCAAGAGACAUUUUCCUUGGGGAGGUCUCCAUAGCUGCAAAUGUGAAUGAAAUUGGCAAAAGUGAAGUCUGUCGGCUAGAGGGGAAUCCACGAGACUAUGCUUUAGGAUCAGUACUUGUGGAAACAUCUUCCAGUGAUGACCUGACAGCCAUUUGAAAUGGUUUUAAAGUGGAAUUUAGUAUGCCCCAGCAAGCACAAGCCCAAGACAGGAUAUCAUUUAUUAGGCACAGAGAAGGUUCCAGUGGUUAGUUCUAUCCACCUUAUGUCACUUCAUGGACUAGAAAGGUCCUGAAAAAAAUCAUGGUACUAGUGACAUGACUCAGAAAAGACAAAAAGACAAAAUUCAUUUAAAUAAGCUGUAUUUCCAUACCACCAUCUGUGACUUCAAAUGUAUAAAAUGGUUGCUAUUUCACAAUCAAACUGCUGCUAGCUGUAUACGAUAUUUUAUGGGAUACAGAUUGUAAAUACUGAUUGUAUUUUGCAUUCAUUUUUACUUCAGCAAAUGUCUGUCCUAAAAAAGCUGAACAGGUUAAGUAUUCUAAGAUUCUGUUUGCCUUCAAGAAUAAAAUAUAUUUAUAGUG